ACAAAUGGAGACCUCAGUGUAUGGAUUGCCACAUCAAGAGGCCAUUUGUUUGAAGAGGAUCAGUUGCCGAAUCCGCCCAGAGCCUAGCCUGUCCCUACCUUCAGACCACGUUUCACGAGACUGGAAGUAGGAGAACUCAGAGUGAGAGUUCCAUGUGCUACUGCAAUUCAGAUAUUUACGAGAUGAAGACUCCGGGAAGUACUAGCUGACCGGACAAAGUAUUUCCAAUUUCUGUAGAACCGAACACUUACUGUUCGAGAAGUAUAUGGUGGUGCUUCUCCGACUUCCGAGCUUUGAAUCCAAAGGAUGGACUAUUCAGUGCUUUAUGUGAUUUCGAGAGCUUCAGAUGCGGUAGCUGUUGGAUAUGUUGAGGGGCAUUGGGGAGAUCGCUUUCAACUGACAUCGACACAGAGAUCUUCCCGAUUUUUGUAGAGUCGUGUUAACAAGCAGUCACGUUACACAUAUAGUUAUUGUUACUGAAAAUAAUACUUUAAUUACUGAAAAUAAUACUUGAAUUACAUGCACACAGAGGUCGCCAAGGGACGGCGUGCUGCGAGAUAACCCUCGCCGGCUCGUUAACCUAAAGCGCCUCUUGCUUUGCUUCGGUAGCUUGAUUCUAUUACUAUAGCUUCAGCUCGCACUCUAGUGAUAUACUAGAUAGUAUGGUAAUAGAACCAAGCUAAUAGACCAUUUUCAUGUCCGAGAAGACAUUGGAAUCAUUAAAACUGAUGAGUCUUCAGACCGCGGUUCUCAACCUUCUACUGCUCGUACUUGGAGCCGCUACACUCAAGUUUUCAAGAAGAAGAGGAAGAAGCUUAACCCUCACUCAGGAUUCUUGUAAUAAUGAUUCCGUCUUUCUUCCUCUGUUAAAUCCAUGUCUCCGGAAGUUUAUGUAUUACUGCCGCGAAGCCAAAGAAGCAAGGCGUUCAUAAUGA